AUGAUUGCCUCCGCGAAACGCAAAGUCCUCGAUGGGCUCAACAGAAGAUACAUCUACGGUCGCGUGCCCCUUCUGCACACCAUCAUAUUCCUCAUCGAAAUGGCGGUAGCAACCCGCAUCGCCGCCAAAUUCAAUACCUACUAUGCUGAGAAGCCAGGUGAGACUUCUUCCGUGGGAUCCGGAGGGGUGCUAGGAGGUGUGGCCGACACGGUGGCACAGUUGAUCACGGCUUUCCGAGCUCGCUCCCAACAGAGAUCCGAAGGAGGCGACGGCUUUAUCUCGAUCGAAUUCCAUGAGUUUGACAAGGAGAAGCCGGCUGCGUUUGGAGAGCUAGGAUAUGCGAGGAGCUCGCCGCCACCCUUCGACUUCGAGCGCCUCACACGAUUCAUGGCAUAUGGUUUCUUCAUGGCUCCUGUUCAGUUCCAGUGGUUCGGAUUCCUGUCCAGGGCUUUCCCUCUUACCAAGAAGAAUCCUACUGUUCCAGCCUUAAAGCGGGUUGCGUUCGAUCAGUUAAUCUUUGCGCCAUUCGGUCUUGCAUGCUUCUUUACCUACAUGACGAUUGCCGAAGGUGGAGGCAAGAGAGCAUUGACGCAGAAAUUCCGAGAUGUAUACCUGCCGACACUGAAGGCCAACUUCGUGCUGUGGCCGGCGGUCCAGAUCCUCAACUUCCGGGUCAUCCCCAUCCAGUUCCAGAUUCCAUUUGUCUCGUCCAUUGGUAUUGCGUGGACCGCAUACCUCUCGCUCACCAACUCCGCCGAGGAGUCUUGA